GUCGAGAACGAAAUUGCAGGAGCAUUGGAUUUUCUUCGACAUGUAUACGGUAUAUUUGGAUUUACGUUUCAGCUCAAGUUGUCUACACGACCUGAGAAGUAUCUGGGUACUCUUGAAGUCUGGGAACGGGCUGAGAAGAAACUAGAAGAUGCGCUAAACAAAUUCGGUGAUCCGUGGGAAUUCAACCCAGGAGAUGGAGCAUUUUACGGCCCAAAAAUUGAUAUUACAAUCUCCGACGCUUUAAAACGUAAACACCAAUGCGCCACGCUCCAACUAGAUUUUCAACUUCCCGAACGCUUCCAGCUUGAAUAUCAGACUGGUGGUGGGAGUGAUGGAGACUCGAGUGGACUGGCUCGGCCGGUGAUGAUUCAUCGGGCGGUAUUAGGGAGUGUAGAAAGAAUGGUUGCAAUAUUGACCGAGAACUUUGGCGGGAAAUGGCCGUUUUGGUUAUCUCCUCGACAAGUAAUAGUUAUUCCUGUGGCUCCCAAGUUCAACGAUUAUGCUCAAAAAGUCGCCGAUGAAUGCUACAAAGCCCACCUUUAUGCUGAGACUGAUGUUAGCGAGCAUUUGUUGAACAAAAAGAUUCGGAACGCAGAGCUUGCUCAGUGGAAUUUCAUUUUUG